AUGCUGACCGACAACGAACAGGCGCGGAACGUCUUUGGAGUGCUGGAGUGGAUUUUUGCCUUUCUCUUUCUUGCUGAGUCCCUCCUCAGGGUUGGCGCGUACGGCUGGUGUCGAGGCGGAUGCCUCGCACUGGGCUCCGGCGCCUCGCGCGCCGGGUUUCUGGUCUCCCUCGUGUCGUGUGUGCUCCUGCUGAUCAACCAGACGCUCUUUGCUGCCGAUUGGCGUAGUUACGCCUGCCGCUUCGUCUGGCAGCUUCCCCUCUUUCGCCUCGUCAAAGUUUUGCGUUCGUUUCGCUCGUUUCACUUGUUUUCGCUUGUCCAGAUGGAGGGCGUCCGCAUCGUGGUCCGCUCGCUUCUGGCUUGCACACGAAGUCUCGUGCUUCUCUCGGCCUUCUUGAGCCUGGUCUUUGUCAUGUUUGCGCUCAUUUUCUCUCGGGUCAUGCGCGUCGGCUACGUGCCGCCGGACAACCCCAACGAGGUCCUGUAUACGUUCCAGACUUUCUUUGAAGCCUCGAUAGGCGUCUUCGUCCUCGCCACCAACGAGGGCUGGCCGCUGCUGCUCUCCAGGCUCCUCGACCGCAAUCCCACCCAGCAAGUCGCUCUGUCGGUUCUCGUCUUCCUCUUCAACUCGGCAGUCUCGAUCUUCGGGGUCAAGAUGUGCGUGGGCAUCAUCGUUGACGCGUCCCGGAGUAAGAAGGCUCGCAUGGAGAUGGAAGGAAGUCUGCUCAGCGCGACGGUACACAAGUGGAUUGAAAUUCAGGAGCUCCUCUUCAACUCGGCGCUCCAGCACGGCGACACCAUGCCAGACUUCACCGGGGUCGACAGCAAACGGCUCGCGAUGGCAAGGAAGAAAGCUGCUGCACUGAUAACAAGCGGAUGCUUCAGAAUGGCCGUUGCCGUCCAUACGUGCCUGUGCUGUCUCCUUCUUUUCUUCUACGGCCCGUGGUACGACAUGACACUCGGGCCCCAUCGGCAGGGCCGACGACUUGAGCUCCACAUCGCCAUUGUGUGUCUUUCUGCUUUCUUUUUCAUCGAAAUCGGUACGAGAAUCUUUGCUCGCGGCCGUCUGUUUUUUCGCGAGGCGUUGGACAUCCUCGACGUUGUUCUUUGCUGCCUGCUCGCUGGGACCUUUGGCGCUGGCGUCGUUUUGUGGAUGGGGUGGGUCUGGCGCGUGGACGCACUGACCUCCUGGCUCCUAAGUUUACGCCUCUUCCGGAUCGCGCGCUUCCUAUACCGCCAGAUGCCCUUUUUCCAGACGUUGUUUACAACGAUCUCGCGAGUUAUGGAGAGCUUCCUCAGCGUGCUUACGCUUCUGGGCCUCUCGAUUUUCUUCUUCGCCACCUGGGGGGUCGUCCUCUUCAGCGGCGCCCCAGUAGAAACGUACUUCAAUCGCCACGCAAACUUCAAAAUGCUGCCGAGGGCCGUGAUGGCGCUGAUAGGCAGCUGCACUGGCGAGGACUGGCACAUGAUUCUUCAGCAGCUGCGGAUGCACUACACCGCGACAGACCAGAAACUGCUCCGCGUGACAGUUGUGGUCUUCUGCAUUUCCUUCAUCGUCCUCGUUUUUUUCAUCCUCAUGGAUCUCUUCACCACCGCUGUCCUCGACGAAUACAUGGACACAGUGAAGGACGAGAACUUGUGGAAUAUUUCGUGUCAGAAACGCGUCUUGAUUGAACGCUGGAACCCCAAGAACGAGCUCAGCACGAACUACAAAAGCCUCACUGACAUGAUCGCCCUCCUGAGGACGAUCGACCAGCCAAUGGGCAUAAAGCACCGUUUUCACCCCGAUGAGAAACGGCAGAAAGUGCUCAAGUACAUCGCCAAAUACGGCCUUCCAGUCUACGCUGGGGCGCGAGUCCAUCUUCGGGACGUGGUUCUCAACUGCGCCAAGCGAGCGUGCGAAUUCCACGCCAUGAGUCACGGCGUCAUGGACAUGCAGGACGGCCAGGUCGAGCUGAAUCCGCGCCUCAUCAGCAGUUGGAUGGGGAAGUUUCCCGAGCUUGCCCACGUGGAGACCAGGUACGACCUUCGCCACCACUUGGCCGCGGAGACGCUCCAGAGCUGGUUCCGAAGACAGCGCAUGCGACUCCACGGAAAGCUCGCGAACCCAGAGUGGUGCGCCGCUCGGUUUGUGUCUUUCGCGAUGGAGAGUCGAACGGCCCACCUCCGCCGGCCGAGCGGCCGCGCAGGGCACCGCGCAAGCCAGAUCGAUCGUAGAUACAGUGGGGUCGCGAGGCGGCGCAGUUGGCGGCGGUCUCGAGUGGACUCUGCAGCUGGAAGCUCGCAGCUCUCUGCGACAGCGUCUGGCGGCAGCUCGGAAGCCCUGCCGCAGCCAGAGAGACUUCAUCUUAGGGGGGCAGGCGGGUCAGACCAGGUCAGAAUGAGCUUGCCAGAGUCCAUUUCGACGCGUGGAAGCGUUCCCGGGUCGAGCUCCAACAGCCGCCGGGGAAGCAUCAUGACAGGCACCGACGUUGACCUCGCGCCCCGCGUCCUCUUCGAGUCCUGCAUGCUGGUACCUGAGGGCACGACCACAAAGGAAACCAGCUCGAGAGAACGUCUCAGCGCACGCUCUGCCAGUCGAAGCGAUAGUCUGCCGCAAGUUGCGUCAGUGGAGAACUCCCCUAGUGACGGCCCCCUCACAUCAUGCAUCACUACCCACCUUUCACAGACGGAAGAUCCCUGA